CUCAUCACUCUCAUCUCUGUGGAAGAACAAUCAGCACAAAUAUUAAAGAACACCAGCAACUGCAGAAAAAUGGAAACGGAAAAAUCGGAGAUAGCUGAAGAAUUCCUCCUUGCCGGCGACACAAUUGACUGGGGUGCAAAGAAAAGACUGGCAUCUUAUGAGAAGGACACUAGAAAACGGACGAUCGUGGAAGCCGCGGUCAUCCUCUUUCAAGGAAACCUGGUGAAGAGAGAAGACUCAGAGAUAAUUUCGCGUACUGCCUGGGCAGACUUGGAGAUUCGGAUUAGAUUGAACUGUUAA